AUGCAGUUCACAAGCAAGCUUUCCGUCGCUCUUCUGGCCAUCCUGGCUGCCGGUGGUGAGGCCAACCAUCAGGCUCUCCAUGGUCGCAAGUUCUUUCACCCCAGAGGCUUGAACUCGACCACUCCUGCUUCUACCUCGACUGUCGUUGUCUACCCGACUCCGAUCGAGUCUUCGUCCGCUGCUGGUGGCUCGAUCUCUGCAAUCACCACCUCGACCGCCAUCCCUCUCAGCACUGGUGCCCCUGGAUCUGGUGGCUCCGGCGACGACAAUGGUGGCCAGGACGUCACUAUCACUUACACUCUGGGUGCUGGCAGCACCAAGUCAGUCGUCACCACUACUAUCCACAAGACCUCGACUGAUCUCCACACUGUCUACGCUACUUCCUCUGCUGAUGUUACUACAAUCUCUUCCACCUCUACCACCACCGCUACUCUGAUCGCUAUUUCUUCCCCUACACCUGGUUCUGGCAGCUCGGGAAGCGGAGACAGCUGCAAGCCGGAGACUGUCACCGUCACUGCUACCGUCACUGUGACUGCUCCUUCAGCUUCCGCUCCUACCCCCGCCGGUAAUGACGGCGACCUCGAGGACAGCGGCGCCAACGAGCACUACUCUGACAAUGACGAGGAUGACAACGAUGAGGAUGACGAUGAGGAGGACGAUGAGGAGGAUGACUGCGAAGAUGAGGACGACAACGAGCCCACCACCAGUGUGCCCACUCCCACUGCUCGCCCUCCCUAUGGCUACGGCAACGGCACCAUUCCAUUCCCCAGCGGCGCCCCGAAGCCCACUGGUUUCAAGACCAGCAAGCUGCCCUACCCCACCGGCUUCCGCCGCCACUAA